AUGUCUACUAGUCAUGUCAGUGAAAUAUUAAAACCAUACCACCCAGCGCCCUGGAUGUCAGAUUUACAUGGUAUUCCUUCUCAUAUAGUUGAGCUCUCCCAGAAACCGACGCCAAUACAACCAUGGAACUUACCCAGAGUUCCUGAUGGUUACCAGAUUUCUAUUAAACGUGAUGACAUGACAGGAAGUACAUUGUCUGGUAAUAAGGUUAGAAAACUAGAGUUUUUAUUGGCUGAUGCUAUUCAUAAAGAAUGUCAACAUGUGAUAACUAUUGGUGGAAUUCAGUCCAAUCAUUGUCGAGCUGUUGCCAUAGCAGCCAGACAACUUGGGUUGACUCCACAUUUAUUUCUACGCAGUGAAGAAAAGGAAGAGUUUUACAAUGGAAGCGAAGGAAACCUGUUACUGGAUAAAAUGGUUGGUUCGAAUAUUUAUUUCAUACCAAAAAAAUCUACUUAUAAAAAAGAUUGUUUACCAAGGAUGGAACAAUUAGCAGAACAUAUUCAAUCUACGCGGGGAGAGAAAUCGUAUAUUAUUCCAGUCGGAGGUUCUAAUGAACUCGGUAUUUUUGGUUAUAUUGAAGUUUUCAGAGAAAUGAUAGAACAAGAAUCUUUGGAGAAGUUUGAUGAUAUCGUCUGUGCCUGUGGAAGUGGUACCACAUUAUCAGGAAUGGCUGUCGCUAAUUAUCUUACUGGUUCCAAAUUAAAAAUCCAUGGCAUAACAGUUUGUGACAGUAAAAAAUACUUCCAUGAUGACAACAACGAAAUCUUUCCAUUGAUUGGAUUAAAAUCUGUCCAAUCAGAAGACAUUGUCAAUAUUAUUGAUGGGUUCAAAGGUCAAGGUUAUGGUUUAUCAACUGAAGAAGAAUUAGGUACUAUUGACAGAACAUAUAGAGAUCUAUCUGUUGAUUUUCUAACUGAAGUUGGAAGUAAAACAGGUAUAAUGUUAGAUCCUGUUUAUACAGGUAAAGCUGCGUUUGGAUUGGUUCAACUUCUAGAACAAUUACCAGAGAUGUUUAAAGGCAGAAGGAUAUUAUUCAUACAUACAGGUGGAAUAUUUGGAUUGGCUGACGGAAGAAUGAAUGUUAUUUUAAAAUCAAAGAGUGAAAAUAAAAUUAAAAUAUGGAAUGAUAUUAAUAAACCUCCAUUUUCUUAA